AUGUCUUUAAUGUCGGCAUUUCAGUAUUUCUAUUUCCUUCAUCAUGCAACCAAAUCCGCUUAUGAUUAUUUAAAUGACUCAUCAAACAAGAGAAAACGAGAUGUUGAAUUAAAUUCUCAUCAAAUGUCCACCUACACGUUACGAUUGUCACAUAGAAACAAAAGAAAUUCUUUUUGCAAAUUGAUUACUCACAAAAUAUUGCAAAAUAUGACGGCAAAGACCGUGCUUCAAGCACCUUUAUUAUGA